AGCGUGUAAACGCACUACCGAUUGGAUAAGGGGACGCUGCGAAUGGCGGAGGCGCUGCGGCGAGUGCUCAGCCGAAGUAGCGCGGCCGGGCCGGAGGAGGACACGGCCGAGGCCGGACCGCCUUUGUUGCUGCUCGGCGCCCCAGGAUCUGGGAAAACCACGUUGCUCUUCGCGGCGGCCCUAGAGGCGGCGGGAGAGGGCCGGGGCCCCGUCUUCUUCCUGACGCGGAGGCCGCUUCAAAGCCUGCCCCGCGCGACUGGCGCCGCCCUCGAGCCCAUGCGUCUCCAGAAAAUUCGCUUCCAGUACCCACCCUCAACCCCGGAGCUCCUCUGGCUCCUCGGCUCCGCCCACGAGGGCCCGGGGCCGGCGCCCGCGCUUCUGCUGCUCGAUGGCCUGGAGGAGUACCUGGGGGAAGACCCAGGGGCCCAGGAGGCCGCCCACCUGGCCGCCCUGCUCGUGGACACAGCCGCCCACUUCAGCCACCGGCUGGGGCCCGGCCGGGCGUGCGGGCUGCUGGUGGCCCUGCAGACCCAGGACGAGGGGGACCCCGGGGAGGCCCUGCGGCUGGCCGUGCUGCAGCGCUACUUCCCAGCCCAGUGCUGGCUGCAGCCGGACGCGCCGGGCCCGGGCGAGCGCUGCCUGCGGGCCUGCCUGGAGCCGGGCGCGCCGGGCCACAGGACGGAGUGGCGGGUGAGCUUCGGCGCCGACGGAGAGCCGACGGUCGCCCCGGCCGCUGCCUGCGGCUCAGACCAAGCUUCCGGCUCCGGAGGCCGGGCCCGAGCCUUGAUCGGCCACAGCCUCUCCGGGCCGGGGUCUCCCACGGCUAAAAGGCCCCGCUCGGGGACGCGUGCAGAGUCGGGGACGUGAGAGCGUCCAGCGCGUGUUUAGACAGCAGCAGCAUCCUGCACACAGGACAGCCGCCGACGUGUGAUUUCGUUUUCUUUAUCAAAAGUCGUCUGUUACCUAUCGGCCUCUGCCCCUUCCUUCUCCGCCCGCUUGACGUCAUCGGCUCCCUCCUGGCUGCCCGGUCCCCAGCGGGUCCCCGGGUCCUGGGAGCAUUCGCCUGCGUGAGUCGGGAGGGCCCCUACCUACAAGUCGCGCUGUAGGGAAAGUGUGCGGACGCCUACCUCUCCCGGGCCAUCGCGCGCCCCCGGGGCGUCACCCGGUGGCCCUUGGUGUCAGCACGGCCCGAUACAGGACAGGGCUCUGUGAGCCAUCCUUGGUGGCGAAGAACAAGCCAGAAGCUCACGAAACGGCAGCCCUCGCCCUGGUUGUACAACUGAACUACAUUUCCCAGCCUCCCUUGGGCCUAGCUGGGGUCACAUGACUGUUUCUGGCCAAUAGAAUUUCAGGACAGCGGCCCAUUUCCGGGCCAGAUCCUUA